AUGGGUAAGGGCGCAGCUAAAUUUGGGUUUAAAAGUGGUGUUCUGCCAGUAACAAGAUCCAUCCUUAAGAAUCCCACUACCAAGCAAACUAUCCUUAUCUCUAAAGUUAAAGCAGUAAAACCAAAGGGGGUAGAAGGUGUUGGGUACGCUAAAGGUGUCAAACAUCCCAAGGGUUCUCAUAGAGUCCCACCAUUAAAAAAAUUCAUCGACGUUGAUACGCUGAUUUCUGACACUGUAAGACUACCUAAAUUAAAGGAUUCGCAAAAUGUAGCUGAAUCUUUAAGUAGCGAACAAUUGGCCAAGAUGAAGAGAGCUGAAAUAAGGAGGAAUUACUUGGCUGAAGCCUUUAGGAAUGAGGAGAAAAGAUUGGUUCGUAGAGAUGAAUUGGUUCAACAACGUGCAAAAAUUAUUGAACUGGAGAAACAAAAUCUUAGUGAGAAGGUCGAUAGUGAAAGUAAAGCGUCUGAUUUGACAAUACCUACUUUAGAUGCAGUGGUGAAUUUGAAAGCACCACUUAUUAGAUGGAGAACUCCGUUAGAGAAACAAAUAUUGAAAUUGAAAAGAAAAUAUAAUAGGGAUUUAAUCGAAUUUGAAUCGAAAAAUAGGAAAUUAUUGAAAUUAUUGAAUUUAUACCAUGUGGCUGAUGAAUUUAUUGUCACUGAAGAGAAAUUAUUACAAAAAAUUGAUCAAGUGUUUAGUGAUAAUUAUAGAACAAAUCAUAAUGAAUUCUUGGAUGGAAUUGAAUACCAAACGGCUAAUAAAAAGAAACUCAAUGAAGAUACUUUAGGUGAUCUCCUUUUCGGUACCGUUGGUGGUGGUAAUUUUAUAGGUAUGCCUACUAUAAAGGAAUAUUUAACAGGUGAACUGGAUGAAUUCAAUGAAUUAAUUAAACAAAAGACUAUACAGAAUAUGGAAAAUAAGGAAAAUGAUAUGCAAAACAUAAUACAUGAUUAA